AUGGUUAAGUUCGUUGAGAGUCUAUGCGAUGAGGUAGAUUCGGAUUUAGAAAGAGACAUCUCCCGUAGAGAAAGCAAGAAUCAUUCGCCAGUGUCACAUCAUCAACACAUCCAUGUUCAUGUAGAUGGUGAAUACGAUAGUGAUGGCUAUCAUAGUAUUUAUAGUGCCGAUAGCUAUGUGGAUUCAAAUGUCCAGGCCUAUGCUCCAGGCAUCGGACAAGCUGAUUUAACUGAAACAAAAAAAAAAGAUUUGGAAGUUGAAGAAGCAGAAAAUCUGAUAGGUGGUUCAGAUAUUGGUCUAAGGAGCCAUACACAUAGCAUGGUAUCGAUUCAUGGUACAAGAUCUAUUUAUGAAGACGACAAAGCUCCAAAGAGCACCACUGUUUCCGGCAGCAAGACUCAAACUUUUGAUUCCGACAAUAUAGCAGAUGCACCUUCCAAUAACGUUUUUAAUUUCUCAUUACCAUUUGGAGGUAAUUCGAUUUCCGCUAAAAAAUCACCUUUGAGUUCUUUAAAGACUAUGCUGAGUGCAGAUGUGUUUACAGAGGACUGCUAUAAAAAGGAAGAGAUAAGAUCAAGACUACAAAGACAGGACUCUAUUUCAACACUGGACGAAAUCACCAUGUAUAAAGAUGAAAGAGGUAUGGAUAAUGUAAGAACAAUAGCAUUAAAGGAGUCCUUGCAGAUGGAUUCUUUGAAAAAUACCAUCAAAGGUAUCACCAGAGAUAUUCAGAGAUUGACAGGAGAUGAGGUGGUGCAAUCCAGACUGGAAACCAUUUAUGAUGAAUUGGAAGGUGAUAUUAUAAUUAUGGGCGGUUACCGUGGUAGUGUUCUUCGUGAUUCACUCACAGGUAAGAGACUUUGGAUUCCACUAAAGGCAGGUUUGAAUAUGAGAAAGGUUGACCUUGUUCUAGGACCUAGGAGAAAAGAUGAAGUAAACUCUGAAAAACAGGUGGUACCAGAUGGAAUGUUGACUUCGGUUGGUCCAGUCGAUAUUGCUAAAAAGCUGAUCCGUAAAUUGGAGGAAAAUCGUAAUGUUCAUGUACAUGAAUUUGGUUAUGAUUGGAGAUUAUCUCUGGAUAUUACGGCUAAAAAGUUAAGAGACAAGUUAAAGGUGAUUAAGAAUAAGCAAAAGGUGAAGAAGGGGGUGUUUAUUAUCGCCCAUUCAAUGGGUGGUUUAGUCGCUCAUAAAGUUUUACAAGAGGAUACAGACCUGAUUAGAGGGAUUAUAUAUGUUGGUUCUCCUAGUCAAUGUCCAAAUAUCUUGGGUCCUUUAAGAUUUGGUGAUGAAAUUAUGUUGAAUAAAAAGGUAUUAAGUGAUGAAGCUAAUUUCUUUAUGAGAAGUAGUUUCACCUUUUUACCAAUGGAUGGUCGUUGUUUUGUCGAUAAGACACAACGUAAAAGAUACGAUCUUGAUUUUUUUGACCCAGAAGUAUGGGUAGAAUUAGGGUUAUCACCACUAGUAAGUAAGAAAAGAAAGGAGUACAUCGCUGAACAGAAAGCUUCAGAUGUGAAAUCGAAUGACUCGUCGAUUGUAAGCGUCGAUGCAGUAAUCAGUGGAUCUCAAAAAUUAAUAAAAACUUUGAAUCCGAUAUCAAUAAUUAAAAACGUCACCUCUGUCGGUGAUACUGUUAAAAUAGAAGAGGAUACAACUGAAUUUAAUUACAAAACAUCUUAUGAGGACAGUUAUAAAUAUCUGGAAAGAACAUUAAAAGAUACUAAGCAGUUCCUCAAAAGUUUAGAGUAUAUCGAAGGCAAAGAAUAUCCGCCAUUAGCAAUUGUUUACGGUAACCAAGUACCUACAGUUCGUGGCGCUAAAGUAGAUGGUCUUCAGGACGUAAUAGAUGGUAAAUAUUUUGAUUUUUAUUAUGGACCGGGUGAUGGUGUGGUUCACCAUCAUUGGUUGCUACCUGAAAGGAGAGGGUUCCCUGUUGUAGCAAAAGUAGCAUCACCAACAGGUCAUGUCAGUUUAUUAGGAGAUUUAGAGUCCAUUGCUGAGGCAUUUAUCGGAAUUUUAGAUAGUGAAAAGAGCAAGGAAAAGUCUAAAUCUUCAAAAUCAACUACAUUGGUCAAGAAAAAAUAA